CAAGAUUAGAUAACAAGUUGGUAAAUCGGCGCUCAACAACUUUGUUUCUCCGUUCACGAUCCCACUUCUCUCAUGACACCCAAUUUUUUCUCUUACGAUCUCCUUGGCAAAGAUGAUUUCUCUGUAAUUUCUAUCAAAGUUUCAUCGUCACCAAUAUCUUAAUCCUCCUUCGAUCCUCGCUCCAGCCCGUCACUAUUCGCAUCAAUUCUUGUCUCUGGACGAUCCACUUUCUAGCCCUCCAUGGCUGCACCCUACAAUCGACUUGCUACGGCUUCAUUGCGAACGCUUGCUAAGGGUUGGUCGCAUUGCCCGUACAACACUCGACAAUCCGCAAUUCUAACUGUGCCAGCUCCCACGCAAUCCUGCUCCCGACUCCGUGCUUAUCCUCAUGCCGCAAUGAGUUCGUGCCCUCGUUCCAGACUCUACUCCACCUCGACCGAUGCUCCUCGAUUCUCUUACCAUGUCGCAUCUUCCUUCAUUGCUAAGGACAGGCCAUACGACCCCUCCACUCACGUCUUCCACUUCAACCCAUACAAUCGAAUUCAACCCCCUCGAAACCGUCGACCUUCCGCUCGACCCGAAUCUGGGCACGAUGCCUUCUUUGUCAGCCGGAUCAACGACUCCGGGUCAGUAGCUUUUGGCGUUGCUGAUGGUGUUGGGGGCUGGGUAGAUUCCGGUGUCGAUCCCGCUGAUUUCUCACAUGGAUUUUGCGAUUAUAUGGCAUUGGCUGCCCACGAACACCAGACUAGCUCAGGGCCUCCCUUGACAGCAAGACAGUUGAUGCAGAAGGGAUACGAAGCAAUCUGCAACGACAACAGUCUUCGCGCUGGCGGAAGCACAGCGUGUGUCGCUAUUGCUGGAGCAGAUGGAAACCUGGACGUUGCGAACCUUGGUGAUUCCGGCUUCUUGCAACUUCGACUCAAUGGAGUUCAUACAUAUUCCGAACCUCAAACACACGCCUUCAAUACUCCUUUCCAACUAUCUCUCGUACCUCCCAGCGUUGCUGCUCGCAUGGCAGCGUUUGGUGGUGCUCAGCUUAGCGACCUUCCCAGGGAUGCUGACGUUACCCAACACGCGCUCCGUCACGGCGAUAUUCUUGUUCUUGCGACCGACGGUGUUCUAGACAAUCUCUUUAACCAGGAUAUUCUACGAAUCGCCAGUCGAGUUCUGGUAUCCACAGGCGCCUGGGUAAUGACUGAUGCUGGUGGUGUGCGCGUUGCGGAUUCGCUAGAGCCUCUGGUUGAGUUCCCUGAAGCCUCCGAAGGCAAACGAACAGCUACACUCCAGAGCGCACUCGCUACGGAAAUCGUGACAGCCGCCAAGCGAGCCAGCGUCAACACAAAACUUGAUGGACCAUUCGCCAAGGAGGUCCACAAAUACUACCCCCAAGAAAACUGGCACGGCGGCAAAGUCGACGAUAUUUGUGUCGUGGUGGCAGUAGUUAACGAGACGACCCCCGCUGUAAAGAGCAAGCUAUGAUUUCCUUUGUUAUUCGAUUUACGGCGCGAUUUUAUGAUAGAGCAGAGGACAUCUUAUAAAGACGGGAACGCAAGCAUUUUGGUGAUUUAUUAUCUUGGGACGUUUUGGAGUCAUUGAGUCACAUAGACGGCAGGGGAAGCGCCGGCUUGCUUGAAUCAUGGGGUUGUAUAUGGGCUGGCGUCAAGAGAUGGGAUCAUGUACAUUCUUAAUUCUAAAAGUAGUUCUGAUUUGUAUUAUCAGACUUGAGUCCAUCAGAUAAGAUGAGUACGAUGUUGAAAUCGAUAUGUAGUUGUUCUUAUGAUAAAUUGGAUCACUUAUGAGCU